GUAGAUAGUGUCCGUUGUUUAACAAUGCUUGGUCAUUUUGGUUUUGAAUGUUUGCCUCAUCAGUUGGUGAACCGAUCUAUCCAACAAGGAUUCUCUUUUAAUAUUCUCUGUGUGGGGGAAACUGGGAUUGGAAAAUCAACACUCAUCGACACAUUAUUCAAUGCUAAUUUGAAAGACACAAAAUCCUCACAUUUUUACUCAAAUGUUGGACUCAAAAUUCAGACAUAUGAUCUUCAAGAAAGUAAUGUUCAAUUGAAAUUAACUGUUGUGAAGACAGUGGGAUAUGGUGAUCAAAUAAACAAAGAAGGCAGCUAUCAACCUGUAGUUGACUAUGUAGAUGCUCAAUUUGAGGCCUAUUUUCAAGAAGAAUUGAAAAUUAAACGUUCCUUCAUUGACUACCAUGAUUCCCGUAUACAUGUGUGCCUUUACUUCAUUUCACCUACAGGACAUUCUCUGAAGUCCCUUGAUCUAUUAACUAUGAAGAACAUUGACAGUAAGGUGAACAUUGUGCCGUUGAUUGCCAAAGCAGAUACAAUUUCUAAAAAUGAUUUACAGAAAUUCAAGUGUAAAAUAAUGAGUGAAUUGGUUAGUAAUGGCAUCCAGAUAUAUCAGUUUCCAAUAGAUGAUAAAACUACUGCUCAGAUGAACUCCUCAAUGAAUGGACAAUUACCUUUUGCUGUAGUAGGGAGUAUGGAUGAAGUGAAAGUUGGAAAAAGAAUGGUCAGAGGCCGUCAGUACCCUUGGGGAGUUUUACAAGUGGAAAAUGAAAAUCACUGUGAUUUUGUCAAGCUCCGGGAUAUGCUUCUUUGUAUAAAUAUGGAAGACCUGAAAGAACAAACCCACGUUCAGCACUAUGAACGUUAUAGGUGCUACAAACUGAAGAAAAUGGGCUUUACCGAUGUCAGCCCAGACAACAAGCCACUUAGUUUUCAAGAGAUCUAUGAAACCAAAAGACAAAAGUUCUAUGAUCAAUGUCAGAGGGAAGAAGAAGAACUGAAACAAAAGUUUAUGCAGCGAGUAAAAGAGAAAGAAACAACAUUUAAAGAAUCUGAAAAACAGCUACAGGAAAAGUUUGAGCAUCUUAAAAGAGUCCAACAAGAGGAGACCAUGAAACUUGAGGAGGAAAGAAGACAACUGGAAGAAGAAAUAAUAGAUUUUUAUAAAAUGAAGGCUGUUUCUGAAACAUUACAGACUCAAGUGUGCGCCAAUAUAAAGAAGGAGAAAGAGCGUAAGAAAUAGUCCUCUCUUAUCUUUCUGUGUAUGGUAGAACCCUAUCAUUCUCUAUCUUCCUGUGAGAUGAUCUUUAUAGUACUUAACUGAACUAAUUUUUGAAAUUUGUUUUCUUAUUGUAUAUACUCCCCAACUAGAAUGUUAACUCCUCAGGAGCAGGUACCCUGACCAUCUUGUUAGAUUCUAUAUCCUCAGUGUUUAUAAUAAAGACUAGCACAGAGUUUCCACUCAAUAAAUAUUUGCU